AUGAAUCAAAUAACUGAAGAUUUCCGAAAAUUGCGGCUAAAACCGACGAAAGAAAGGAAAGGGCAACAGGAGGAACUGAUCGAGCUGAAUUCGCAAAACGCGGUGAACUCUCGAGGCACCGAGGGAAAAUGGCUGAAAUUCGUUGUCAUCUCGGACACACAUGAGAAGUUGGUGAAAAUACUGGAUAAAAUCCCUCGUGGCGAUGUCCUCAUUCAUUGCGGGGAUUUCACGAAUUAUGGCGGCUCGGCGGCGGUGAGCAAAUUCAACGAGUUGCUCGGCAAAUUGCCUCAUCAACACAAAAUUGUCAUCCCUGGGAACCAUGAAUAUGGAUUUGAUACAAGGGAAAGCGCUAGAGAAUACGUCACGAGGGUGACAACGAAAAACCCCAGAGAGUUGCUCACGAAUUGCACAUUAUUGAUGGAUGAGUCAAUAGAGAUCUCGGGUAUCAAACUCUAUGGCAGCUCUUGGCACAUUCUGCACGGGUUCCCUUUUUAUUGUGAACCCGGAGCAGAGAUUCGGGAGAAAUGGGCGAAAAUCCCGAACGAUGUCGAUGUGUUGAUCACACAUGAACCGCCUAGGGGAUUUCUUGAUAAAGGACUUCGCGGACAGACCUACGGAGACGUUGAACUGCUGCACGCGGUUGAGGCGCGGAAUCCAAAAUUCCACGUCUUUGGCCAUAUUCACGAGUGUUAUGGAGCGAUGACGAAUGGGAAAACCACAUUCAUCAACGCGGCUCAAUUGGAUCGAUCAAUGCAAACGGAAUACGCAUUCUACCUCUCACCCGACGAGAGGAAACCGAAAUGGGCACAGAUUCCCGCAGAUGUCGAUAUUUUGAUCACUCAUGGACCUCCUUUAGGAUACCUUGAUGCACGUGCGAAAGACCAACACUACGGUGAUGAACAGCUGCUGGAAGCUGUUGAACAGCGAGACCCAAAAUUUCACGUCUUUGGCCACAUUCACGAAUGCUAUGGGGCAAUGACAAAUGGUCGGACAAUUUUUGUGAACGCAGCUCAAUGCGAUCGAUCAAUGCAAACUGGUCGAUUACCUAUCGUUUUCUACAUAAGAAUACCAGAAUCG